GAUCUCUUUGAACCCUUUACAUAUAUACCUAUACCUACACAGUCCCACAGUGACUUUUUUCUUCUCUCUUAUCACAAUCUUCUUUCCUCUUCUUCAUACACACAAAGGAUAAGGCUCAUAGUGUGGUGGUAUCUAUCACAUUCAAAGUUCCUCUGCUGCUUGUGAUGGAUGAGAAGAGAAAGGCAUCAAAGAAGGACACAGGUUCCUUUUCUUCCCCAGGGUCAUUAUUCUCAAGGAGCACCUCUACUUCAAACUCUCCUCUCCUUAGAAGCUUAUCUCAAAAGAGUUCUUCAUCUUCUUCCAAAUGCAAUAAUAAUAAUCUUCCUAGGAGCUUCUCACAGAAGAACCCUUCCAUUGGCCGCAAAUGCACCAAAUUAGCUAAGGAACAGAAAGCAAGGUUUUACAUCAUGAGGAGGUGUGUUGCCAUGUUGGUUUGCUGGCACAAGCAUGGGGAUUCAUGAAAGAAGUGCACAGAUCUUGUGCUUAGUUUUUAUUGGUUUAUGAUCCUUUUAUUGGCCCACUUUGAAUACUAUAGAUUCGAUUGUAAUUACGAGUUGACUAAGGUGAGUUAUAAGAUUUACACAUUGCUGGAAAUAUGUAUAUGAUCAAUUGGACUCCAGAUUAAUGUCCCCCUCCUACGUUUGAUUUUAUCUCUUACACCUAAACUUUAGGAUGAUUUUUAAAAUGAAUGGCUAAUUAAAACUUUCAUGUGUUAAA